AGCAGAUAAAAUUCAGGGGUGAAAUUUCCCUUUUCAGCUCUUUUGCUUUUUCCGGUGCAUUCAAUCUUGCUGCUGUAGCAACGCAGAAGUGGAUGUUGCUACAAAACGAGUAAAUGCACUGAGGUUUUGGACUUUUCUUUGCUCUCAGAACGAAGUAAGUGAGCCAUUCUAAGCCAAGCUUCAGCUUAUAUUUUAUACGAGGAGAAUAGCUAGUUUUUCCUGUUGAUUUUCUGAACAAACCAUCAUCAUUAUCCCACCCAAACAAACUCGUCCGUGUCUGAGUGGAGGCUGGCUUGACCCCACUCAGCAUGUGCAGUCUCUGAAACUGGGACAGGUAGAGCUCUAUUUACAUGGAAGCAAAGGUUUUCCACUCUUCGCAGUCUAAACGGAACCAAAAUAAGGCAGAGUAAACUUAAAAACUGUUUACCACAGCACUUCAAUCAGGUUGAGGUCUGGACUUGGACUGGACCAUAUCAACACCUUCAUGUUUUGUUGCCGUACUCUUGCAGAUUUCCUGCGGGAUUGAAGAUUGAAACACUCGUGGAAAGAUGGAUGUUGGUGUUGGAACUAAAGCGGGGAUAUUUAGGUGUACCAGCAGCAAAGAGAAAGACAGGCAUGCAGAUACACACAAAGAUGUGCAGGCAGAGCUUGACUCUGUGGAGGCUGAGCUGGAGUUGGUGGAGCUUCAGAUCACAGAGCUCCUGGAUAAGCAGGCCCAACUGACUUCUCAGAAGAAUGCACUGCUGCUACAGCUGGAGGAGGCCUGCGGCACUGUCAGACCAUCAUCCUCAAAGUCCUUAGGCCCUGAGCCAAUGAUGAGCAAGCAGGAGCUGCAGCAGUAUGAUGGCACAGAUUUUCCUUGGUCCAAAGACGUGGAACAGCAUCUGAAGAACUCCUUUCAUCUCUCCAAGUUCAGACCACUGCAGCUUAGAGCCAUCAAUCUAACAAUGGCAGGCAAGGAUCUGUUUCUUGUCAUGCCUACAGGAAGAGGAAAAAGUCUCUGCUUCCAGCUGCCUGCAGUCUGCUCCAAGGGCUUCACAUUGGUUAUCACACCUCUUGUGUCUCUGAUGGAGGAUCAGAUCAUGUACCUGAAGUCUAUUGAUAUUUCGGCAGUCAUGCUGAAUGCGUCGAGCAGUAAGGAGCAUGCCAAGCUUGUUAUGGCUGGAAUGAUGGAUCCGAAAGCCCCUUUCAAGCUGGUAUAUGUAACUCCAGAGAAGAUUGCCAAGAGCAAGCUGCUGAUGUCUCGCCUGGAGAAAGCCUAUAACGCUAAGCUGCUGAGUCGUAUAGCUGUGGAUGAGGUACACUGCUGUAGCCAGUGGGGACAUGACUUCAGACCAGAUUAUAAACUCCUGGGCAUCUUAAAGAGGCAGUUUCCCAUGGUGCCACUCUUUGGGCUCACAGCCACAGCAACUAGCAGCGUCCUCAAGGACUGUGAGAAGAUCCUGUGUGUGCAGCAGCCAGUCACAAUCACUUCUUCUUUUAAUCGAACUAAUCUCUAUUAUGAGGUUCGCAUUAAAGACUCUAACAAUGAUGCUUUAAUGAGUGACAUUACAUCUCUAAUUAAAGGCAAAUACAAGGACCAGUCAGGUAUUGUGUACGUGUUCUCUCAGAAGGAUGCUGAGAUGGUAUCGUCUGAACUCAAGAAAAGAGACAUCUCAGCAUAUCCCUAUCACGCCAACAUGGACCCGGAAGAAAAGUCUAAGGUUCACCGCAGAUGGACUUCUAACAAAAUCCAGGUUGUGGUAGCCACAGUGGCGUUUGGCAUGGGCAUUGACAAACCAGAUGUCAGGUUUGUUAUCCACCACACUAUCAGCAAGUCCAUCGAGAACUACUACCAAGAGAGUGGGCGUGCAGGUCGAGAUGAUCUUUCAGCAGACUGCAUCGUCUAUUUUGGCUUUCCUGAUGUCUUUAGGAUCAGUACCAUGGUGGUCAUGGAGAAUGUUGGCCACCAAAAGCUGCUGCAAAUGGUUGCCUACUGUCAGAAUGUUGAUAGGUGUCGACGCUCUCUCAUGGCUGUUCACUUUGACGAGGUGUGGGACGAUGAAGGAUGCAACCAAAUGUGUGACACAUGUUGCAAUGCAAAAGGCUAUGCUAGUGUGGACAUUACUCAGCAUGCAAGGCAAGUGGUGCUAAUUGUUGAGCAAGCAGGGUCCAUGGAUGAAAAAGUGACUCCGCUAAAGCUGGUGGAGACAUGGAUGGGCAGGGGCCCAGCCAAGCUCAGGAAGAUGAUCCAGACCACUACUCUGUCUCGGCUGCAGGCUGAAGCUGUAAUAAUCUCCUUGCUUCUCCAGGGGUACCUCAGAGAGGAUUACAGCUUCACUCCAUAUGCCACCUACUUCUAUGUGAAGCUCGGCCGCAAAGCUCCUCUCCUAAAGAAGGAGACUCACACAAUCAACAUGAACAUGUGGAAAGCUGAAGCUGGACCUUCUGCGAAAACAUCAGCCAUUGAAGUCGGUGAGGCGGUGGUCUGUAUGAGCCUUGAUCCCACUGUCCUUAAGAACAGAAGUCCCCCACAAACGAAACAGAAACUAAUGAAGGAACAGAGGAAACACAACCUGAAACCAACCAGACAGCCAGAGGGAGCACAAAACCAACCUUCUCACGGACAGGGAGAGGAAGAAAAAGAUAAGAGGAGGCCGUUCAUGUCCCAAAAUGUAGUUAAUGUUGAUGUAGAAAUUCAUAGAGUACACAAAGUGGAUGUAAGCGAUGGGCCAAAGUUGAUUCAAAAUAAAUUUGUUUCCAAGCAAACCGUAGGUACAUCUUGGAGAUCGAGGAGAAAACGUUGUAGUAACAUCAGAGCAGCAGAUCCAAGCUUUCCAAGGGAGAGCCCUGUCCUCACUGUGUCCAGCUCUCCUUCCCAGGGUUCAGUCAUAUCUGAAACAGCAGCUGAGGAGCUCUGUGAUCUCAGGAACUACUACAGCAAACAGCUCAAGAGAAUAAACUACAUUUCCCAUGAGCACCUGGGGGCCCCUCUUGAGCCAGGGGUCCUGUCAUGUAUCAGGGAGCCUCUGAGGGGCCUCCGUCUGCCCCAGCGGGUCACAAUUGCCCAGACAGCCAGGAGUUUGUGGACACGCGUCAGCGGCAGGAGAAAACUGGUCCGUCACUGACCUUAGUACUUAGUGUUUCAGCUUUGUUGCCACUUACUGAUAAAAACACUCCACAUCUAGUCUGACAACAGGUUUCACCUGAGGUGCAGAUGUAAGAAAAGCAUUUCUACAUUUUUUUUGUUUUUUUUGUUAAAAGGUUAAAAUGAUACUAUCAAAGGAAACAACCCCUGCAUAUCAGCUAAGACAGAAUUGAAGAACAUUUAACUUUAGUGUCCUUUAGUAUGUAGACCACAUCCUAAUAUGUUCACCCUGGAGAGAAGCUGCUGUAGACUAAAUGAGCUGAAAAUCACACAGCUUCUGUAUCUUUAGGUUUAUUGUUCCUUUUGUUUCCAAAUUGAUUUGUAUCUGUGUGUUAUUAAAAAAGCAGAACUUUUCACUGAUGUAAUAAAGAUGAAAGGAAACUGAAAGAAAUAUUUUCUUUACACAGGUUUAAGCAGUUUUGUAUAGAUAAAAAAAACAUUGAAUUUUAGGGAUGGAAUUGCUGAUGAAGAUAGUUUCCUCACAUACCACUGAAUAAGAAAGGCCUUUAGGUGAAACAACACAGUAUAAACAUAGCAAUUCUCAACUGUUGUAAUUUUCUGAUAGGAUACAUUUUGAUAUAGUUAAUUAACUUCUGAAUUUGGAUUUCCAGCUGAACUUGAACAUUCAUCAUUCUACUUGCUUCAUUAUGUGGAGGUGCAUUUCUGCCACCUUAAAGGAAAAAUAAACCGUCACAGAGUAUAGUUUUGAAAGUUAUUAGCACCAUCUUCAUAUUUUAUAAAUCAGUCUGUUCAGACACUUUUAUACAGUUUUAUGAGCUGUAUUGUAAAUGCAGGUUUGUACUGUUAUACUAGGUAACAUGGAGAUUAUUUUUAUUUUGUUAAGAACUCAACAUAAUGUUUAAUAUUAUUAUGAGUCAGUCUUCUCGUUGUUUUCUCAAUUGACUGUUUGGUUUUUAAAAAUUCUGAAUAAAGUGAAAUGUGCCAUCACAGUUA